AUGAAGCCUCAGUUGAUCGCGCCUCUGUUAGGGCUUCUCCUCCCAGUCACAGCCCAGCUAAACACACCCUUCACGGUUUCUGGACGAUGGAUCCUCGACUCAACCGACUCCCCUGUGACCUUUGCCGGGGUGAACUGGCCCGGCGCUGGCGAAACGAUGAUCCCCGAAGGCCUGCAAUAUGCCUCGAUUCAGUCCACUCUCUCGAAGAUAAAAUCGAUUGGCAUGAACGUCAUUAGACUCACGUUCCCCAUCGAAAUUGUCGACGAUAUAUAUGACAAAGGCCACGACACAACCGUCCUCGACUCGCUCAUUAACGCACUAGGAGACACUAAUGGUACAGCUGUCUUUGAACAGAUCAGUACCAAUAACCCGGAUAUCACGAAUACAACCACAAGACUGGAGGUUUUCGACCUCGUCGCCGCCGAAUGCGCCCGCCAGGGCAUCUACGUGCACCUCGACAACCACAUCUCCAAGGCAAUGUGGUGCUGCUCGGGCACAGAUGGCAACGCCUGGUUCGGCGAUGAAUAUUUUGACGUCGCCAACUGGAAGCGUGGUCUUGCGUAUAUGGCGGCGCAUGCUGCGUCGUGGGACGCAUUCACCUCGAUCGGUUUGCGCAAUGAGCUCCGGACCCCCGACACCGAGAACGCGGAGUACCCCUAUAACUGGGCAACAUGGUAUGAUGAGGUGGUGGACGCAGCCGACGUCGUGCACGCCGCGAAUCCGGACGCGCUGAUCUUCCUAUCCGGUCUUAAUUACGACACAACCCUCGCUCCCAUCCCAACCGGUGCCGAUCUCGGCGACGGUCGGACGUUCAACCUCUCGGAUUUCAGCUACGCCGAUCGCCUCGUCCUGGAAUUACACAACUACAACACCGGCGCGACGAACUGCGGCGACCUUUCGGGAGCGCUUUGGAACGGCGGGUUCAACGCCCUCGAUACCGACAAUGAGGAUAUUGUGAACGUCAUGCCCGUCGUCUUGACCGAGUUUGGCUUCGCGCAGGAUGAUACCACUUGGCAGAGCGUGUAUGCGUCGUGUCUCCGAGAGUGGAUCCCUGAGCAGCAGGCGGGGUGGAUGGUGUGGACGAUUAGUGGGAGUUACUAUAUUCGGUCUGGGGGGCAGGAUUUUGAUGAUACUUGGGGAAUCCUCGACCACACGUGGUCGGAGUGGAGGAACGAAGAUGCCAUUGAGCAGGGGCUCCGAGUCAUGGUGGAUGCGUCGCUUUCUCAGUAG